UUCAGGAAUUUGAGCCUUGAGGUGAAUGUACUGCUUAGUGCUUUUCGCUCAGGCUUUUCGAGUUUUCUUGAGAAAACCAAGAAGAAUUAAGGAUCUUAAAUUCUCGAUAAUAUGGAGACAUUAGGUACAUCAUUGUAGAGUUAAGAGCAAAACUAUUAUACAAUAGAAAAGUGUAGUGUGAAGUGGCUUCGUUGAGCACAACCAUCAAUAAGCACUUGUGAUGUGGUUGUGCUAGAACAGUCUUGGAUUCCGAUAUCCUGAAGGUUCAGCGUAUCAUGCUCCAGAGGAUGCUCCUUUGCCAGCCAUUCAAUUACGUUACUUAAACCUCGAAUUUUGGAUACACCGGCUGAGGUGACUGCCAAGUGCCAGCCUUCCAGUCACUUGUGGAAUCAUGAGAUGGAAAAACAGAUGCCAAAAAAAAUUAAGAGCGGGCGCGAUGGCGGGCGCGGCGGCGCUGGGCGGGCUGGGCGGGUCGCUGGAGGACAAGGACUGCGACCUGCUGUGCCCCGUGUGCUUCGAGCUCAUCGACGAGGCGUACGUGACGCGCUGCGGCCACUCCUUCUGCUACGCCUGCAUCGCCAAGUCCGUGGAGCUGCACCGGCGCUGCCCCAAGUGCGGCGCGGCGCUGGCGGGCCGCGACCACUACUUCCCCAACUUCCUGCUCAACGAGCUGGUGGCGCGCCGCCGCCUGCGCGCGCGCCCGCCGCCCGGCGCCGCGGCCGCCGAGCCGGGCGACGCCGAGCGCCUGCGCGCGCUGCUGGCGGCCGAGGCGCGCCACCUGGCGCUGCCGGACGUGGAGGGCAUGCUGGACGUGCUGACGCGCCGCAAGCGCCUGCUGGAGGCCGAGUCGGCGGCCGCGCACCACCGCCUGCUGUACGAGUUCCUGGCGCAGCUGCUGCGCCACCGCACGCACCAGCUCGACCAGCUCACCCGCGAGGCGGCGCUCGUCAAGAAGGACAUGGAGCACGUGGGUGGCGUGCUCCGCGAGCUGCGCGCGGGCGCGGCGGAGCUCGGGCGGCUGCCUUCCCCCACGGAGCACGGCUCGCCCGACCCCGUGCGCGACGUGCGCCCCAGGCUCGGCGAGCUGGGCGAGACACAGCCGCGGAGUCCCCCCAACGAGGAGGAGGAGAGCUUCGCGGGGGGCGCGGCGGGCGCGGGCGGCGGGGACGCGCUGGCCGCGCGCUGGCGCCGCCUCGCCGCGCACUUCGACGACUUCGUGCAGUGCUACUUCGCGCACCGCGCGGACGAGCUGUACUUCCCUGGGUCGGGCGCGCCCACCCCCGCGCCCCCCGCGCCGCCCUGCCUCUCCCCCGUGCCCUGCUCCACGCCCGCACCGCCCGCCGGGGGAGGCGGGGGGGCUGCCGACGCCGACCCCGUGCCACAGCAGAGCACCGCCAGUGACACCAGAGCCUCCAGUGCUGCCGGCGAUCAGCGCGCGCCGGAGAGCGACCCGGUGCCGGCGCCGGCCGUCAGCGCCGAGCCCGGCGCCGGCUCGGGCGCGGGGUCGGCGGGCGACGUCGCGUGCAGCGGCAGCGAGCGCUACGGCGGGCUGGAGGCCUUCCGCGCGGACCUGGCCGCCUUCACGCGAUAUCGCGCGCUGCGGCCGCUCGCCACGCUGUCGUACUGCAGCGACGCCAUCAACUACUCCACCAUCGUGUCUACCAUCGAGUUCGACAAGGAUGACGAGUUCUUUGCUAUCGCCGGCGUCACCAAGCGCAUCAAGGUGUUCGAGUUCGGCGCAGUGGUGCGCGACGCGGUGGACGUGCACUACCCGUGCGCGGAGAUGCAGUGCGCGCACAAGAUCAGCUGCGUGUCGUGGAACAACUACCACAAGCACGUGCUGGCGUCCAGCGACUACGAGGGCACGGUGUCGGUGUGGGACGUGGGCGCCGCCGUGCGGACGCGAGCGCUGCAGGAGCACGACAAGCGCGCGUGGUCGGUGCACUUCAACCGCGCCGACGUGCGCCUGCUGGCGUCGGGCGGCGACGACGCGCGCGUCAAGCUGUGGGCGCUCAACCAGGAGCGCUCCGUGGCCACGCUCGAGGCGAAGUUCAACGUGUGCUGCGUGCGCUUCAACCCGCGCAGCUCGGCGCACCUGGCGUUCGGCUCGGCCGACCACGCCGUGCACUACUACGACCUGCGCGCGCCGCGCGCGCCGCUCGCCGUGUUCCGCGACCACCGCAAGGCCGUGUCGUACGUGCAGUUCCUGGACGCGCACACGCUGGUGUCCGCCUCCACCGACUCGCAGCUCAAGCUGUGGCGCGUGGAGUCGCCGCGCUGCGUGCGCUCGUUCAGCGGCCACGCCAACGAGAAGAACUUCGUGGGGCUGGCCACGGACGGCCGCUACGUGGCGUGCGGCUCGGAGAACAACGCGCUGUACGUGUACUACUCGGGCCUGUCGCGCCCGCUGCUGGCGCACCGCUUCGACGCCGUGCGCGGCUUCCUGGAGCGCGAGCGCAAGGACGAGGAGCCGCCCGAGUUCGUGUCCGCCGUGUGCUGGCGCCGCGCGCAGGACCGCCCCGCGCUGCUGGCCGCCAACAGCCAGGGCACCAUCAAGGUGCUGGAGCUGGUGUAGAGCCGGUACUCCAACUUGCCGACACUAUCCGGAAUCCAGGUGGUGCAACACUGUCUUAUUGUCCCACAAUUUAUAUCACGACAAUACUUCCGGGUGGUUCCACUUCACUAUUUCUUAUCCACCCG